CUUCGCAAAAUACAUAUGUACACAAUCAAUAAAAGAUAGGUUUCAUUUGGAAGACAGCUAAUGUCACCUGGAAAAUACAGGGAAAGUGGUUGAAGGCAGAUCAGGGUUAUUUCUGAAGCAUCGUUAUAAAGCGUGGCCUAAUCAAAGUUUCGUAAAGUCCUUCGAUAAAAGUAACAACUAUACAUCGCACCUUCUGUCCACUUCGACAGAGAAAUCUUCCCAAAAAGUGAUUGUGAUUCUUGUGUUGUGCAAAUUUGAUUACUCCUGUUUGAAAACGCGAAAGCUUUAGUGAGCUAUCGAAUAAUACUGUUAAUAGUGAACAUCAAACACAUAAAUCGUACAAUAAUACAACAAAUCUAAGUGUUCAAUCACCAAGGGCGAAGGAUUGUGCUAAACGAUAAUCAAUCAAAAAUAAGUUUCGAUUUCAAUUAGCUGCUAAUCAGCUCCUGUGUGGAUAUAGGCAUUUUCAAAUAACAUGGCUGCCGGAGACCCAAAGUGGCAGAAGGAUGGAUCGGAUCAAAAUUUCGACUACAUGUUCAAGUUGCUCAUCAUCGGUAAUUCUAGUGUAGGCAAAACUAGUUUCCUGUUCCGGUACGCUGAUGAUUCGUUCACGUCUGCUUUCGUGUCUACGGUUGGAAUUGAUUUCAAGGUGAAAACAGUUUUUCGACAUGAUAAACGUGUUAAACUACAAAUAUGGGAUACAGCUGGUCAGGAGAGAUACCGCACAAUCACCACCGCCUACUAUCGAGGUGCAAUGGGCUUCAUACUUAUGUAUGACAUCACGAACGAAGAAAGCUUCAACUCGGUUCAAGAUUGGGUAACACAAAUUAAAACUUAUUCCUGGGACAACGCACAAGUUAUCCUCGUUGGAAACAAAUGCGACAUGGAAGACGAGCGUGUAAUAUCGUUCGAGCGCGGCAAGCAGCUUGCUGACCAGCUCGGCGUUGAGUUCUUCGAAACAUCCGCAAAAGAAAAUGUCAACGUGAAGAACGUUUUUGAAAGACUAGUGGACAUCAUUUGCGACAAAAUGUCGGAGAGCUUAGACUCUGAUCCUGCCUUGGUAGCUGGCGGACAGAAGGGACAACGAUUAACGGACCAACAACAGGGCCCUCCCAACGCAAACUGCAAUUGCUAAAAACCACUACGUAUCGUUCCGCGAACAGCGAAUCGAAUAGAGAAUCCAUACGAUUACAUUACUACUAGGAUACCCACGCUAUCUUUGUCGCAGAAAAAAAACUCAACAAAACAAAAACAAGUAUGUACGUGGUACACUGCAAAUUGGAAAGAAAUUUAGAUUGGAAGAAUUGUUCAUAUCGUGAAGCAUACAAUGUUAGAUUAAUCUCUUCGGUUUAUUUUUAUUAGGUUGAAUUUGGCAUUUCAAUCGUGGAAACACAAAUACUUCUACGUCGCUUUGAAUCAAUUGUUUUGGACAAUUGCACGAAUGAUUGUUAUUUAUGUUGUAAACUAUCUAGAUGAGCAUAAAACAUCCCGAAGAUACAAGAGAUAGAAGAAAAAUACUAUAGAGUGUGUAGUGGAAACAAAAGUUAUGAUUAUGUUGAUAGAAGAAAAGCACUCAAUUGAAAACACAAUAAAAAGAAUGUUGUUCUAGAGUAGACAAUAAUCUUAUUGAAAGAUCAAAUUGUUGGAGAUGAGCAGCAUACUGGGCCCUACUUAUAAACGCAAAAAUAAUCAGUAUUAACCACAACCAAACUUACGAUGAAUCUGGAAAGUUAUACAAUCAGAACAUUCAACAACAAACUGUUCCAAACAAUUGUGCAUAAAUAAACAAAGCAAGAGUUUGAAAAUGAAAGAACCUUUGUCUGUGAAGCAAAACAUAUAGAUUCUUCAGUUCAACAUAAUUGCCAUUUAUUUUUAAGUUUAAACACACUGUCAAUUGGACGUGAAAACGAAGUUAGCCAAAAAUAAAUCCAACCAAUUUUGGGCAAAACGUGAUCAUCGAUCAAUUGAGAAAGAGUGGAGCUCUUUCUGGAAGAGUUGAACAUUGACAUACCUUAAUCAUGAUCAUCAUCAUUAUCAUCAUCAUCGGAAACCAUAAUAACAUGUACAAAUUAUAUCUCACGAUCGAAAGACAUAUACCUGAUCCUAUCAGCAUAAAUGCUUUCGAUUGUCAAUGGAAUGACAUAUUCAAAUUCGUUCCGGCACAAGUUUUCGAAUGACCUGUUGGUGGUGCUUCAAACUUCAACCUAUUUUUCGAGUGAUAAGAACAGAAAUAUGACGACAUCGAUAAAAAUCACCAAAGAUACAAAUAGACACGUGUAGUCGUAUCAUCAGAUACCUACCCUCUCAACAAGUAGGAUAAAAUAUAAUACAGCAUCAGCCAGAUAGCGUUAGUCAAAGGAAGCCCAAUCCAAUCAAUAAUUCGUAUACAUGUUUUAAUGGAUGAUUCAAACGAUAACACAUUGUAAAACUAAACAUCUGCAUGUGCCUAUGGGAGAUGUUUUCCGCAAAAACUACUAAAUUUCACUGAUCAUCAGGAACGUUGAUCAACGUCGGGUCUGUCUCUGGUUGUUGUUAAUAUUCUCCAAAUUAUCUUUCAUUAAUUUCAUGAGAAGGGACAGUUUUUUUUAGUUCGAUAUAACUUUAUCGCACAGAAUAGUUUUUAGUGCAAUUUUGAGCAGUUCUUGUUCAUAAUAAUUUCACAGAACGACAAAUCUGGUUUACUUUCUACUAAUCAAUACGCAGAACUAUUGCAUUUUGUAAUUAUUGCUCACUGCACUUAGAAACAUGUACACAUUCAAAGCAUUCGUUAGAUGAAACAAUGUGCAAAACUAAUAGACAAAUUUAAAUUAUAUUUUGUACAAAUUCAAGCCAAUAAUUCAUUUUUUGGAAAUCCAGAAUUUCAAAACCGCACUGUAAACUAAUCGCUAAUUUAAUGACUUAAUCAAUGAAUGAUAACAUUUAACUUAUAAACGUAAAGAAAAUUAAAAUAAUUAUCAUUAUUGUUGUAAUAAUU